AAAUAGCGCAGCGUGGCGGCCGCCGGCUUCUCCCCUUUGGGGAGGGGAAAUAGGUGAGUCCUGUGGAAGGGAGCGACGCACCGGCCUUGGAAAAGCAGCCAGGCGGAAUUGGCAGGGAUUUCGAGCCGUUAUGCACAGAAAGCCCAGGAGCGCCGAAGUUAACGCCGGUAUCGGAGAGUGGCUUCUCAUCGAGCGGGAAGCGUGACUCGGCACCUUGACCAGCCGCGGGAGUUGGCGGGUUUGAUCAAGUUGCUUGAAGGUGGAAGAAAAUGCAAGAACUUGACAAGAUUGAAAUCUUGAAUCCAGAGUGGAUUUGCCAACCCAAAACUGAUGGCCAAAUUCAGAAUGGUACAAAGCAGAAUAAUUAUGAUGAUUGUGUUGAGAACCUUUUUGAAGAAGCUCGGAAAGUUGGGGCCGUAUGCUCAGAGCAGGCUAAGGUCGAUACAAUUAUUACAUUAUGGAAAAAUGGGUUUACAAUAAAUGAUGGUGAACUCCGAAGUUACACAGAAGUUGCAAACCAGCGCUUCUUGGAUUCCAUUAAAAAGGGGCAAUUGCCUCUCGAGUUACAGAAGAUCUGUGACAAAGAAGAGGUGGAUGUGAAGGUGGAUGAUAAGAAGGAUGAGUUAUAUAUGUCACCGAAGACAGUAUUUCAUCCUUUCUCUGGAGCAGGAUAUCGAUUGGGAAGUGCUACACCUAGAAUAAUUUCCAAAGUAAAAAAAAAAGGUGAAGAAACUGAAAAGAGAAAACCGACAGUAGUGUUAAAUAAUUCAGAACCUAUCACUAGAAUCCAGAUUUGGUUAGCAGAUGGAGCAAGGAUAGUACAAAACUUCAAUAUUUCUCAUAGAAUAAGCCACGUCAGAGACUUCAUAAUUGACUACCAGAGACAUCAAGGAAGAAUACCUUUCAUACUGACUACUUCACUUCCUUUUCGAGAGUUGUUGAAUGAAUCUCUCACACUAGAGGAAGCUAACUUAAAAAAUGCUGUCGUUGUGCAAAGACUUAAAAAUAAUAUUGAGCCUUUCCGGAGUUUCUCUUCUUAGUAUUCUCUACUUAAAAGAAAGAACAGUUGCAGGAAAUGUCUUGGAAAUGUGGAAGACAAAAUCCAUACAGUAGGUCCCCAGUGGCGAUUAUUUUAACGUAGAACAUUCGACUGUUAGUUGAGUGAUUUUAGCUGAAUCACCUCCACUUAGGAAUAGCAAUAAUUCCUGUGUUUUAUAUGACAUCUACAAUGCUGCUUUGAAAAGAUAUGCAAUGUGUAUGCUGAACCCCAAAGGUUUAUAUAUAUAUAUAUUGUUUGUUUGUUUUAAAUAGCCUGGCAGAAAGUAAUAGAGCCAACCUUACUGAACUGGGCAUUCUGUCACCAGUAAAGAAACGUGUAGGGAAAAAAUCUUGAACAUUUCUGUAAGUUUGAAGUUGAAAAAUUUUUGAAAGCACAAUUUGACUUCAUUCUUGCUUACUUUUUAUCUGUUAUAGUUUGAUAUAUUUUAUUCUAUCAAUGUUACGGUAGGAUAUUGACAUAACUUAAUAUAUAGAUUUCAUUUGUACAGAAAAAUACCACAGGUACAGUUUUUAAGCGUAGUGGCUGUUUCUUUUGAAAAUUCAUCUCCCAAUUUACGUUUUAGGACCGUGAUGGUGAACCUAUGGCACACGUGCCAGAAGUGGCACAUGGAGCCAUAUCUGUGGGCAUGCAAGCUUUGCCCUAGCUCAGCUGCAACACGCAUGCGUGCGCUGGCCAGCUGAUUUUGGGGCCUUCCAGGCCCACCGGAAGUUGGAAAACUGGCCAUUUCAGGCCUCCAGAGGGCCUCUGAGCGGGUGGGGGAGGCCAUUUUCGCCUUUUCCAGGCUUCAAGAAAGCCUCUGGAACCUGGGGAGGGCGAAAAACAGGCCUACAGGGCCCACCGUUAACUUUUUUGCCAUCACAUGCCAAAAGCCACGCGGCAUGCACGGGAGGGAAUGGCACGGGCGGGGGGCAUUGCAUUAUGGGUGUGGGCAUGCACGGCUUCCCCGCUUUUGACACGCAACGGCAAAAAGGUUAGCCAUCACUGUUUUAGGAUAUCAGAGGAGCAAAUGAUUAAAGCAACAUCAUGUCACAACCUCUUUCAUAUGUAUAUAUAACACACACAUACACAUGAAAGGGUCAGAGCUUAUGAUGUGAUUCUGGUUUUACUAUUUUGACAAGUGUAUACCCUAGAGAGGUGUGACUGUACAUGUGGGAAUAAUUCCACAUGUAAUAAUUCCACUUUAAUUAUAUGGGCAUACCUCUGAAUAGACCUAAAUUUCAACUGCAUUUUAUGCCAUUAAAAACAGAGAAAUACAUUAUCUGUAGUCCUGAAUGAUUUAUUUAGAACUCAGCUCUACUGCUUUACUCCUGAGGAAUGUUUCGGUUGUUAGUUUUCAGAUUGAAACACUGAAUAAGGAGUCUGCCUACUACAGUAUAUAAGAAAUAACGUUCAGCUUUAAAAGGCAAGCCUUCUGUCUUUGGUUUUCUAAAUAGACGCAAGCUUUGAGAAGUAACCAUUAAGAAAUGAAGCAGAUUUAAGUGCAGUUUUAGAACUACACAUUUGAAUUUAUUCAAAGGCGGAUGGUUUAGGUUAUAAAACAUACAGUUUUGAUCAUUAAAAAUGUCUUGGCAGAUGGCAGCUCUGGAUAGUCUCAUCUGAAUUUGGAAGCUAAGCAAGACCAGCCUUGAUUGCAACUUGAAUGGGGAAGCUGCCAAGGAAUCCUGAAGGUGUAGAGUAGGCAGUAAAUUCAAGAAACAAAAUCCCAUAAGGAAGAGGCACACAAGUUCGGUACUGUUGCCAAAAUUCUGCUAAAACAUUUCUAUGAAAUUAUCAACUCAAACAGUAAUUUGUCAUUUAGGAAGUCUGAAAUCAUUAGAAAUGCCUUUUAUCAUGUUGGUUUGAUGGGGUAUCAAGUGGAACCAUAUUAUUAAGUCCUCCUACCUGCAAAAUUAUUCUAAUUAUUCAUUUAUUACACCUAACAUUUUAAAAAUGCUGGAUGUAAAAGAAAUAAUAACAAUCAUUUGAAAAAUUAUAAUCUGGCUUGAUAUUCAAAGGAAAAGGGGAUAAGAAGAAAAUUGGGCAGAAUCCUAAUUCUUCAUAGCUAUGGAUCAGGAGAAAUGGCCUGGAGGAGGCAAGUCACAAUGGGGCCAACUUGCAGAGGAGAACCGCCUUGCUUUCUGUGGAUAAUUCAAACAUGUAUAUUCCAAAAUGCCCUGCUCUGCAUCACCUGACAAAGUCACUUUCAGGAAUAAGAACAGCUGCAUGGGACUUGAACAUGGCUCCUGCCACAUUAGCAGGAACUAGAAUUGAAUAAUUAAGUCUGCCCCUGCUAUCAUGUUCAAUUUUUUUUUACUAUUAAAUUAAGGACUAUAAGUGAGCUUUGUAGCUGGGACAUUUUUUUCUUUGAUGAUCCAUCUCAGAAAAUAAGGCCUCCUUUCUCCAUUUGUGCUGCAACGAAGGCAUCAGACAAAUUAUCCCAGAAUACCUGUUGUGUUUUGUUUUUUUAAAAAAAUACAUCAGAAAUGGGAUUUUGCCAUUAGGAUAUAUUACUUGGCCUUAUUUGUUAAUUCCAUUGUUUGUUGCUUUUUUUUGCAUGGCUGGAUAUGCAUCCAAUUUAAUUUUUUCUCCCUUAUUGUGGUAUGCGAGCCAAGGCCUUUUAGAUUAUGAAUUUUGGCUUGUAACUUAAGAAUGAUGUGUGAACAGCCAGUAAUGGCUAACUUAUUGACUCAUCAUUGAAUAAAUCUUAGCCUAGCAAAGUAUAUAUCCAGUACUUUUUGUCUCUAAAUAACUAUGUUUUAGCAAAAGCACAGAAAUGUAUAUACUGCUUCACAGUGCUUUCCAGCCCUCUCUAAGCUGUUUACAGAGUCAGCAUAUUGCCCCCGACAAUCUGGGUCCUCAUUUUAGCCACCUUGGAAAGAUGGAAGGCUGCGUCAGGAUUGAACUGCCGGCAGUCGGCAGAUUUAGCCUGCAAUACUGCAUACUAACCACUAUGCCACCACACCUUGGGAGAUUUAGGUCACCCAUCCUGUGGGGUUGCCUUUUUUACCUUUUUUCUACACAUUUCAUUUUAGUGUAAAUUAUGAUAGCCUGCUGAUGCAUCAUAAUGGUGCAGUGAGUAUUGUUAGGUAGCCAAGGGGGUUUCCUACAUCCCAAAGCUAAACAUCAGAGAUCCUCCUAGAUUCAAACUUGGUUUUACUUUAUUUGUAUAGAUUUGUAUAAUGCUUGGUUUUACUUUAUUUGUAUAGAUUGAGCCAAUUAAUAUACCAAAGUAAAGCAAAAUAAGGCUUUGUGUGAUAUAUUAUUAUUAGGGCCGGUUUAGCUCUGCCUGGUAAGGCCUGUUAUUAAGAACACAAAGCCUGCAAUUACUGCAGGUUCGAGCCCGGCCCAAGGUUGACUCAGCCUUCCAUCCUUUAUAAGGUAGGUAAAAUGAGGACCCAGAUUGUUGGGGGGGCAAUAAGUUGACUUUGUAAAUAUAUACAAAUAGAAUGAGACUAUUGCCCUAUACAUUGUAAGCCGCCCUGAGUCUUCGGAGAAGGGCGGGGUAUAAAUGUAAAAAAAUAGAAAACAAAUAUAUAUAUAUAUAUAUAUAUGACCUUGGUCUCUUCCAUCUGCAAAUUACCUCUAGCUAGUGACCAAGAGGAGGAGCUAAGAGAUUAAUAUCAUCCCUAGACCAAAAUGAAUUUUAAGCACUUUUUAAAAAAAUUAUGUAUGGAUGUGUACAUGUAUUUUUUUUAAUUAGUUAAAUGCUUUAAUACAGAACUAGCUGAUAAUAAAUGAUAAUUAUGAUCCUCCAAGUCCAUUCUUUUGCAAAAACCAAUAUGAAAUAUCAUCUCACAAUUUGAAACAGAAUAUAAUUUUAUUUCUAUUACCGUUGUAUCUUCUUUUGUGUAAGAAUUGAUUUUACUGAUGCAGACUAAUGGGUAUUAUUAUUUGUAAAUUCCUGCAAUGAAAUAAAUCUAAACAUUCUUCAAAAUCAUUAAAACUUUGCAAAGUUUACAGAC